AUGGCUUCCUCCGCUUCGCUGAUGUCGUCGUCCCUACCACCUUCAGCGCUGGAGAUCUUACCAAAUAUUAUGGCAGCUAUUGGCCGGACUCCCAUGGUGCGUAUUAAUAAUAUUGACAAGAAAGCACAUCUACAGUGUGAAAUCUUGGCCAAGUGCGAGUAUUUUAACGCCAGUGGAUCGAGCAAGGAUCGUAUUGCAAAGCGUAUGGUGGAAGAUGCUGAAGCGGUGGGACGUAUUAAGCCUGGUGACACGCUUAUUGAGCCUACUUCUGGCAAUACAGGCAUUGGACUAGCCCUCGUGGCUGCUAUGAAAGGCUAUCGAUGCAUUAUCACACUGCCAGAGAAAAUGAGUCUGGAGAAAGUAAACAUUUUGAAAGCACUUGGAGCUGAGAUCAUUCGCACGCCCACCGAGGCGGCGUGGGACUCACCAGAGAGUCAUAUUGGUAUUGCCAAAAGACUGCAGGCAGAACUCCCAAAUGCUCAUAUUUUGGAUCAAUAUGCUAACCCAUCAAACCCAUUGGCACACUAUGAUGGCACAGCUGAAGAGAUCUUGGAUCAAUGUGACGGAAAAGUAGAUAUGGUUGUUGUCGGUGUCGGUACUGGCGGAACAAUCUCGGGGAUUGCCAAGAAACUAAAGGAAAAAUGCCCGGAUGUUAUUAUUGUUGGUGUGGAUCCAGAAGGAUCGAUUUUGGCCCAGCCGGAGUCGCUGAACGACAAGAAUCGUCUGAGGCCGUACAAAGUAGAGGGUAUUGGCUACGAUUUUAUCCCGGACGUGCUUGAUCGUAACUUGGUGGACAAGUGGGAAAAAACAAACGACCAAGAGUCGUUUAUUAUGUCUCGCCGUUUAAUUCGUGAAGAGGGAUUGUUGUGCGGUGGAUCAAGUGGUGCUGCAAUGGCGGCGGCAGUGCGUGCCGCUUCGACACUAAAAAGUGGCCAGCGCUGCGUUGUCAUUUUGUCGGACUCGACGCGUAACUAUAUGACCAAAUUUUUGAAUGAUGCGUGGAUGUACGAGAACAAGUACGUGGAAAACUCAGUACACACCCGUGAGAAUUACUCAAAGUACCGCAAGGACACUGGCACGUGGUGGUCGGAGCAGCGUGUGUCGGUUUUAAAGCUGCCACAUCCGUCAACGGUGCCUCCUCACCUCUCCUGCGCUGCGGCUAUUGAGACAAUGGAGCAUCAUGGUUAUGACCAACUACCUGUCGUGAAUGAGCAUGGUAUUGUACAAGGUGUGGUGACCAUUGGCAAUUUAUUAUCAAUGCUUUCUUCUGGCCGCGUGAGACGCACUGAUCCAGUCGAAGCUGUGACGUUUGGCAAUUUCAGUCGUGUUACUCAUGAAAGUUCGUUGGCUGACCUUGCCACGAUAUUUGACAAGGACUAUUUUGCCAUUGUAGCGUCAACGGACGGUCUCAUUGCUGGUCUUGCAACGAGAAUUGAUCUCUUAAACUACAUUACUAGUGCUCAUAAGUGA